AUGUGUCACUUCUCAUGCUUGACUGUCAAAGAGAUGAGGAGGUCCAGCCGUAGCUGCUUGGCUACUUCUUGUUGCAGCACCGAGCCAUCCCUUCGCUCAGAGCUUUGGCGACCAUGGUCUGAUCUCCCCAUCGACAUCAUGAUGGAAAUCGCAGAGCGUCUUCUCCCCAACGCCACCAACUUGGCUCGAUUCUCAGCCGUCUGCCGCUCGUGGUGGUCGAUCGUGAAGGAAGAAACUUCUCUGGCACGUCAAUUCCCUUGGCUGAUGCUCGCAGAGGAGGAGAUCGACUUCCCCUCCUCCUCGGGAAGCAACAUUUGUCGUCGCUUCUAUAGCUGUUCCAAGAAGAGAAUCUACGAGCUCCCCGUGCUCCAAUGUCAAGGAAGAUUCUGUUGUGGCUCCUACGCCGGUUGGAUCGCGACGGUCGGCAAAGACUCCAAGGAUGCAUCUCGUGAACAUCUUUACUGGAGGCGGCGUAGAGCUGCCUUCGCUCUACGCCUUCGCCCCUCCGCUUGUCGGGACUGCCUCGUGGUGGCGUUCUACGGCAUCGGAUGUAAGCUGGGUAUUGCAAAGGUUGGCGACGAUCAAUGGACUACAGUAAGCUGCAAUUGGUGUCCCUACUUGGAUGCCUCGUUCUACAAAGGCCAAUUCUACGUGGUCAACUGGAAAGGGGACGUGGUGGUGUUGGAUGUGUCUCGGCCGCAGGUGCAUUUCAUAUCGACCAAACCGAAGCAACUCAUGACCGACUACACCCAUCGGAAAAUAUACCUGGUGGAAUCAUCGGGCGAUCUACUGUACGUGGUGCGGGUGUUUAGGUAUUCGCCAAAGCCGACAUACAACACAAAGAGCUUCGUUGUCUACAAGCUGAGCGUUUCCAACGGCGAGUUGCAGCAGGUGAAUAGCCUAGGAGAGGGCGGUCGCUGUUCUUGGGCCUCAACAACUCGAUAUCGGUGGAGGCAUCAAAGCUGGUGGGAUGCCAAAAGGACUCAAUUUACUUCACCGAUGACCUAA